AUCGCACCUAGCAACAUAAUAAACCAUAAACGUGUUUACGGAAUUUAAAUUGAACAGUGAGAGUUUUGAAGGAAAGAAAAGGCUUCCUGCGAAGUAGAGGGAUGGAGUUCCCCGUGGAUCUUCUGGCUGAUGUCAGCCAGGUGGAGCUGGAACAGUCGGCCCACAACUACAUGAACAACCUGCUCUACAGCAACCCUGAUUUACCUGAACACCUCAUCCUCUCUGACUCUACCCAGGUCACCAUAGACAUUUCCAGUGUGGGCUUCACCCCCCUGUAUGGAUUGAGUGAUAAACAUAAGAUCCUGGGCCUGUUCUCGCCCAGUGACCCAAUGACAGCUGUGGCUCUGUACCUGCUGGACCAGUGGUGGACAGUGGACGACAUUCUCAAAACAGCAGACCCUGCUCGAGAUGGAGCGAUGGAGGUUGUAUAA